AUGGUGGUCAGCUCCCGAAGUGAGGCCAUAAAUUGCAUACGGGCUGCUCACCAAUCUGCCGUGGAGACGUUGGGUCAUUACAGUCGGGAGCUCAGCAGCUGCAACCUUCAUGCCAGCCAAUGGCUAGCAGAGGGUAUGAAGCUUGGCAUACGACAGAAUGAAGCGUCGUCCGAAUUGAAAUUGCAAAAGGUGAGACACUAA